AAUAAUUACUAUUGUAACCCAAUAUCCGUUCUGUGCGGCGGAAACGUGACGUUAUGAACUGAUGCCCUUGUCGACUGGAAUGACACAAUUGACACAUCGCUGUCAGCACACGUGCGGGGCAAACCUUGCUUAGGCUAUAUGAGAAGGUGAUUCCGACCCGCGUGUGUCAGAUAGAUGAAACUGACUUUAGAUAAGGGUGAGCGGCAUCGAAUUCCGCUGUCUCAACUGAGCAGAAAUGGUAACAGAUGGGUGUCGAACGUGAUUGGACAUCCAGGAGACGUCUUAUUGAGUCCUGAAAGCUGGAAUCAUUCCUGAGGCCACGCAGAACGUGCAAAUCAGGAUACGUUUUCCGCUGCGCUUGUUCGUCCCCCAACUUAUCUUCGAAGGCGGUAACUGAUGCCGAUUGUAACAAUUAGUAAACAGAUCGAUGUGGAUGCCCCGCAGUGCUUCGCCUUGGAGAACGUCGCAAGAGUCCUGUGUCGGAGAAGAGAAGACCCUUCAAAAAGGAACCCUUCUGAGCAUUAACUGUUACUUGAAGAACGUAAGCGGAUCAGGACAUGAGCGUAUCGUGGUAAUACCUCCAAUAGCGCUUCCUGACAUUCUCAAGUGCUUUCUUCCGCCAACGCUCAGUGCCACGACGGUGAGGAGCGAGAGGAUUCAACGCACUGUGCCCAACGGAGCCUGUAACCGGCCGCAGUUUAGUGAAAGAUGGCUGUAGUAGUGUCGAGCCAGCGGACGGCACUAGCGUGUCUUGUUCUGGUCUGCGUAGCAGUCCUACCCCAUGCAGCUGCGAGGAGUUUUCUGGAAAGCGUGCGGACGGAAGAGGCCAGCGUGCCACACGGGGAGUCUCUUGUGCGGAGCAUUCCAACCAUAGCAACAUCAAUUAUACCAACAGUAGACAGCACGGAACUGCUACAAGAAGAGUCUGCAGAGCAGGAGCUGAUUGAAGGAGACAUCAUCCCAUCGGAAUCGUUACGCAACCUGCUGAGAGAGGCCAGUGAUGAUGCCAGUGGUGAGGAUGAUUCAGUCGGAGGGAUCGAGGAGGUAGAAAGCGAGAAGGUGCCUGGCCUAGAAGAGAUUCUCUUUGGACAACGACCUACAGCAGAUGGCGUAGCACAAGGAGAAAGAACUCGCCGUGGACUGACCAAGUCCAAGUCUCUGCUUUGGCCGGGCGGAAUUGUUCCAUUCAAGUUUGAGGAAAACUGGGCAGAAGAUCCCAACCACUGGUUCAAGUCUCGCAGGGCGGUCGAGAAGGCCAUGCGCCACAUUCACGAGAAGUCCUGCAUUCGCUUCAGGCCUCAGCAGGAGUAUGCGGCUGAGGUCGGAGCUCGUCACCCGGACGCCACCAACUAUAUCAUGUUUCGACCAACGUCGCCCAAGCACCCAUACUGCUCAACGUAUGUCGGCCGCCAGUUUGGUAUCAUUCCGGUGUUCAUCGGUCCUGACUGCUAUGACUCAUUCGGUUCAGUGGUACACGAGCUGCUGCACGUCCUGGGAUUCUAUCACGAGCAGUCGAGACCGGACCGUGACCGAUACGUGACGAUCAAGCCGGAAAACAUCAUCGACUACGAGAUGAAUAAGGCGAACUUUCGCAAAUACUCUCAUGGGGAAGUGGACUCCCUCAGCGUGCCGUAUGACUAUGAUAGCGUAAUGCAUUACUCGAGUACCCAGUUCAGCAAGGAUGAGCAGAACUUCAAGACAAUCGUAGCAAAGGACGAUCCAGAGCGUAAGCUGGGACAGCGCGAGAAGAUGAGCGUUGGAGAUGUCCUCCAGCUGAACAAGCUCUACGGCUGCCCGGUGCCCGUUCAGCAUCCGUGCGAUGCAAUGGACUACCCGGUUCAAUACCAUCAGACGGUGUCAUUCCGCUACCGCAAGCGCAAGUGGUUGUACUGCGAUGCCACCGCGUGUCGCCGCAAGUCCUGCAUGAACUUCUCCGACAGCCUGUGCGACUCGGAGCCCAACGGCUGCCGGCAGGGAAAGUUCACUAUCGUUCCAGCAAAGGACAUUGGCACGACGGCAGUCAUCAGCGAUGGCGAUCCAGUGCGGAUCGAGAAUGCUCUGGACCUGUUCCCGGGACACAUCUUGCAUUGCGAGACGGGAGCGACAAAGUCUGCCGACUGCAAAUACAUCCCCUGCGAGGUGUCGCGAAACUGCUCUGCGGCAAGCAGUACGUUCACAAUCCGUAAGCGACCAGGAGCUGGACAACUGUCUAAGGACGGUUCCGUCAUCUACCAGAAUUCCAAUGUCUCGCUAUGCCUCCAGAAUAGUGCUGGUAGUGAUUACGAGCAGUGUGUGUCCUGUGUUCGUAACCCAUUGAAUCCGGUCGAACCUUGCCGACUGGUGAAAUGCAACAAACGUACCGAUGACUGUCUGGGUAACGGCGUUUUCUUCAGUAUUCGACAGUGGCCGGCCAGCUAAGACACUAGCGCCAUUUAGUAUCUGCAGUGACUUGCUUUCUGCAUUCCCCUUGAGGCAGAAAUCUUUCAAGAAUUUAAGACACUAGCGCCAUUUAGUAUCUGCAGUGACUUGCUUUCUGCAUUCCCCUUGAGGCAGAAAUCUUUCAAGAAUUUUUUAUCCCUUGAGUCGAAUAUGUUUCAUUUCCGCUUUAUAAUGAAAACUUCCCCCAUGGCUUUUUUUAUGACGGUAUAUCCCAAAAAUGCUGUAAUUUCCCCCGGUAUUCAACCUGAUCUUGAGCAUAGGCCGUCCUCGCGCAAAGACGUGAACCCUCUCCUCAGUAUAAUACGUUUCGGAAUUGCCUAUUCUAUGCAGACCUAUAUACUUCUCCUUCAACUCUAUAUCAUAAAGAAAUUGCUAGCAAGUCUAAUACGCCCGAUUUUCAAUAUCAUCUAUCCCUAUAUAUGGCUCAGCAGAUGUUGCUCUAUAUGGCUCAGCCGAUGUUGCUCACUAUCAAUAUUAAAUUAUCCAAGAUGGCAUGAGCGCCGUGUUUUUGACUCUCCGAUGUAACAUUAAAUUUUAGCACCUGCUCUGCAUUGGAAAACUUCCGCAGUUCUUUCCACCAAUCAACAAAUAAGUUAUUGGAAAAUAGAAUUACUCUGAAAGCA